AAUAGAACUGCUUUUCUGAAGAAAUGGAUACUUCUCCCCCGCAAAAAUACCCAGUUAAAAAACGAGUGAAAAUACAUCCCAACACAGUGAUGGUAAAAUACACUUCCCAUUAUCCUCAGCCUGGGGAUGAUGGAUAUGAAGAAAUUAAUGAAGACUAUGGGAGUUUUAUGGAAGAAAAUCCAAAGAAAAGUCUACUGAGUGAGAUGAAAAGAAAAGGAAGAACUUUGUUUGGAAGCAUGGAUACCCGACCUCCACCAAUAGAAAACUCCAUGACUAAUGAGACUGGACGAUUCCAGAGCUUUGCAGACAAAAAUAUUUUUCAAUCCCGAAAAAUGUGGAUUGUGCUGUUUGGAUCUGCUUUGGCCCAUGGCUGUGUAGCUCUCAUCACUAGGCUUAUUUCUGAUCGUUCCAAAGUUCCAUCGCUAGAACUGAUCUUUAUCCGUUCUGUCUUGCAGGUCUUAUCUGUGUUAGUUGUGUAUUACUAUCAAGAAGCCCCCUUUGGACCAAGUGGCUACAGAUUACGACUCUUCUUCUAUGGUGUAUGCAAUGUCAUUUCUAUCACCUGUGCAUACACAUCAUUUUCCAUCGUUCCUCCCAGCAAUGGGACCACUAUGUGGAGAGCCACGACCACAGUCUUCAGUGCCGUUUUGGCUUUUUUACUUGUAGAUGAGAAAAUGGCUUAUGUUGACAUGGCUACAGUUGUUUGCAGCAUCUUAGGUGUUUGUUUUGUCAUGAUCCCCAACAUUGUUGAUGAAGACAAUUCUUUGUUAAAUGCGUGGAAAGAGGCCUUUGGCUAUACUAUGACUGUGAUGGCUGGACUGACCACUGCUCUUUCUAUGAUCGUGUACAGAUCCAUCAGGGAGAAGAUCAGCAUGUGGACUGCACUGUUUACAUUUGGCUGGACUGGGACGGUGUGGGGACUGUCAACCAUGUUUGUUCUUCAAGAACCCAUCAUCCCCUUAGAUGGAGAAACCUGGAGUUAUCUCAUUGCUAUAUGUGUCUGUUCCACUGCAGCAUUCUUAGGAGUUUAUUAUGCCUUGGACAAAUUCCAUCCAGCUUUGGUCAGCACAGUACAGCAUCUAGAAAUUGUGGUAGCUAUGGUCUUGCAGCUUCUAGUGCUGCACAUAUUUCCUAGUGUUUAUGAUGUCUUCGGAGGGGUAAUCAUUAUGCUGAGUGUUUUUGUCCUUGCUGGCUAUAAGCUUUACUGGAGAAAUGUGAGGAGGCAGGAUUAUCAGGAAAUAUUAGACUCUCCCAUUAAAUGAAGACCUGAUCAUUAUUACCUUGUUACUCUUCAGUUAUUAGUAUGUCCACUGCCGUUUUCAUGUUUACCUAUAAAACGUCUUUUGUGUUGUAUAAUUGACAGAGUGCUAUAUAAUAUGUAACUUAUAUACACAGAUACAGAAAAAUAUUAUAGUCUAAUAUAUUCAAAUACAUAUAUUAAAUAUGUGAAA